AUGACCAGCUGCUUGAAAUCAAAUCAGCAAAGAGAAGGUAGCAAUACUGAAUUACCCAAUGCUGAACAAAUUUUUGAUCUGGAAGCAGCCCCGAAAGUUGAUUUUGCUGCAAGAGUAGCAACAACUGCAGUAAAUGAAGAAGGAAUAGUUGAAGAACAAGCAUCAGGAGCUGUAAACACCAUUCAGGAGGAAGUGGAAGAAAUUGCAAAUGAAAUAAUUAAUUUUCAAGAAGUAGUUAAAGAGGAAGUCGUUGCUGCAUUAGACAAGUAUACUGAAGAGUUUGUAUCAUUUGCCGGCACACUAAAACAUAGCUACAAAUUAAAAGAUAUGGCUGGAAAUACUUUGAAAGAUAACUUUCAUCAUGAUCAACUAAUAUUCUGUUUCACUUUCCAAGAUAGUCCAAUAUCUACAUUAUCAGAAUUUAACAAAUACUUAAGAAAAGAAGAAAUUAAGGUUUUUGGAAAAGAUGAUGCAAGAAGAAGAGGAGAUUUAGUUGCAAUUAAAUCAAUUGGAUUUCGAAUCAGUUCUUUUUAA